CAUUAAAGUCAGUUCGUCGUGUCGCUCGAUUCAAUCAUUUCGAAGAAAAUUUUCUAUUCUCUGCUAAAGCAUUUUCAAUUAUUUUUUGUAUUCAAAAUACCUGAACAAUGCCCAACCCGACGGUUCGACCAUAUCCUCAAUUUAAGCCUGCAGAAGAUGGCGAUAAUCUUCGUGCCGCUAUGAAAGGUUUCGGAACUGAUGAACAAACUAUCAUUGAUAUCCUAACUGCUCGCUCAAACUCUCAACGUCAACAAAUUGUCACCUAUUACACGGAAGCUCUGGAAAGAGAUUUAAUUAAGGACUUGAAGAGCGAAUUAGGUGGUAAAUUCGAAGAUCUUAUUGUUGGAUUGAUGAUGCCACCGGAGCAAUAUCUUUGCAAACAAUUGAAUAAAGCAAUGGCUGGUAUGGGGACCGAUGAGAGUGCAUUGGUGGAAAUUUUGUGCACAAAGAACAACGAAGAAAUUAAAAGAUUGGUCGGUGUCUACGAAGAUAUGUACGAACGACCACUGGCCGAACAUCUAUGUAGUGAAACUGGAGGUCACUUCCGCCGUCUGUUAACAUUAAUUAUUACUGGGGUUCGAGAUGAAACUGGCCUCAUCGAACCGGAAAAAGUUAAGCAACAAGCCGAAGAGUUGUAUGCUGCUGGUGAAGCCAAAUUGGGAACUGACGAAAAAGUUUUUAAUAGAAUUAUGGCGCACAGUAGCUUUGAGCAUUUGAAAUUGGUUUUCGAAGAAUAUAAGAAAAUAUCCGGCCAAACGAUAGAGCAAGCAGUAAAACAUGAAAUGGGAGGAGAACUUAAGGAUGCCAUGAUGGCUUUAAUUGAGUAUACGCAAUCUCCUCAAGCAUUUUUUGCAAAACGACUUCAUGCUGCUAUGAAGGGUCUAGGCACCAACGAUACAACAUUGAUCCGAAUCAUUGUAAGUCGCUCAGAAAUCGAUCUUGGGGAUAUUAAGAACGAGUUCGAGAGACUCUUCGAUCGAACACUGUUGAGUGCAGUGAAGAGUGAGACAUCCGGCGACUACAAGAAAGCUUUAUGCGCUCUUAUCGGAAAUGCAUAAAAAAAAAAUUAAUUUUCAUUUUGUGAUUGUUGUUGUAUUUCGUAGCAAAUGUGAGGCUAACAGAUUUAUCUAUAAUUAAAGGU